CAGGACUCACAAGUGAAAACAGCAGCGAGCUCACAUCUCUCAUCCACCACUGCUUCUUCUUCUUUUUUCUUUCUAUCAUUUCGGCUGCGGCUACUUCCCGACUCGCACAUUCAUGUAAAUACAUCAUUUUUUUUGGGUCUUUUUUUCCUAUUUCUUUAAAUAACAAAAGAAGAAGAAGAAGAAGAAGGAAGAAGAUGGAACUUAACUCUCUGUUAAUUCUGCUGGAGGCGGCAGAAUACCUGGAGAGGAGAGACAGAGAGGCAGAACACGGCUACGCGUCCGUGUUACCGUUCAGCAGCGACUUCUCCCGAAAGAAAACGAAAGCGUCGCCAAUUUCCAGAAAGAAUCACAACAAUAGAUCGUCACACAACGAGCUGGAGAAACACAGACGUGCCAAACUACGGCUGUACCUGGAUCAGUUGAAGAAGCUUGUGCCUUUGGGUCCAGACAGCACGAGACACACCACACUGAGCUUGCUGAAAAGGGCCAGGAUGCACAUCAAGAAGCUGGAGGAGCAGGACAAGAAGGCUCUGAAUGUGAAGGAGCAGCUGCAGAGAGAGCACCGCUACCUCAAACGCCGCCUGGAGCAGCUCUCCGUGUCCGGGUCUGUGGAGCGCCUCCGCACUGACAGCUUGGGCUCCACCAUCUCCACCGACUCCGAGCAAGAUGUGGACAUCGAGGGCAUGGAGUUCACCCCCGGCGAGGCGGACAGCUUGGAUAGUAUUAGCGACGUGGAGGAAGAGGACCACUACAGCCUCCAGAGCAGCUCCAGCGACACCAGCUACACAGCCACACAUUCCCACAGACUGCAGCCGCACCACUGUUAGACCCGGCGUGACCAUCCCACUCCCAGCCAGCUUCCUCACCUGUGCGUCCCUCCUCUCACCUCGCCCUCCCCCCCGACCAGUUUGCCAUCGCCGCCCACUACCUACGUCAGACCAGUCCACCGCGGCGGCACACCCUGAACCAGUUCCUCCUUUCCUGGCCCUGGGUUUCCAGGAAGCACAUGGGGCUAAAAAGCCACUCGAUCCUUCCUGACCCCCCACCCUGACCACUGACCUCA